AACACAGUGUCUCUCUGAAACUCUAAACACAGUCUCGAACCCCUCUCUCUCUCUCAAACCCUCACAUCUCUCCCGCACAUCUCUCUUGCAAUCUCUCCCGCACAUCUCUCGCCCUCUCUCUCUCUCGCAAGUUUCUCACGCUCAGGACUUCUCAAGCGGGUUUCAAUUGAAGAUCUCCAGCAGCGGGUUGUAAGCGAGGUCAUCAUCUGAAAAGGGGUUUCAAGUACGGGAUUAAUUGGGUUCAAGCUACUGAGUUUGGAUUAGGGUUCUUCAGCUGGUAAUUGGGGCGGUGGGUUCUUCAGCGACUGAGUGUGGAUUAGGGUUCUUCAGCUGUUAAUUUGGGGCUUUUUCAGUUAUGGCCGAGGAUGAUAAUACCUGGUUGAAUCUUCCCAAGUAUUCCCGAGAAUAUACUGAAGGAGUCAAAUUAUUCGUGAAAAAUGCAAUGGCCAAAUUUUCCAACGGAAACGAAAUCAAGUGUCCUUGUCGUAAGUGUGAAAAUCGAUUCUGGCUGUACUCUAAUAACGUGUAUGAUCACCUCAUAUCCUGGCCCAAGAACACGUGCCCGAUCUGCAAAUAUGGCAGUUGAGUCUCAAAAGAAGGAAGCAGCUGUGGUUUCACAUCCUGAUAUAGUGGCCAAUGAUCAACCAGUGCUAUCGUUAAAGGAGAAGCUAAAAAAUAUGAAAGAAGGUCCAGGCUCAAUGGCUGCUUACUUGGAGAUGAGGGAACUCGAAAUUCAAAAAGAGAUCCCACAGGCAGAGUCUGAAAUGCCAGAUUUGCAGUCACAGCCUGAUACACCGGAUGCUGAAAUACCAAAAAAAAAGAGAGGGAAGACUAGAAUGGAUCAUGUGCAUAAUAGUAAUGAUAAGAAAAUUAUCACCCUAAAUGAAUUGUCGCAACCUGUAUCGGAUAAUAGCAAGUUGCUCUCUGAAUUUAGCAACUUUUUAGGGACAACUGUUAGGCAGUUUGUGUCCCUUACUUGUGUUAGUUGGCACGAGGUUCCAGAGAAAGACCUAUUGUGGGAGUAUGUCAAGGAAAAGUAUAUCAUUCCAGAAGAAGCUAAACCAUGGGUUUUGAAAACGAUGAAUGAUCAGUUUAGGAGCUACAAAAGUCGGAUUAAGAGAGAUUACUACUACCCUUAUCCUACGGAUGAGGAAAGAUUGGAGAACAGGCCAAAGGAGGUCCCCCUUGCAGACUGGAAAUUACUUUUGAAGUAUUGGGCUGACGGAAAAACUAAGAGAACUGCAGCAAAGAACAUAGUAGCACGCCAAAAGAUAAUAGAGACACACACAACUGGGCCGACAAGUUUUGCCCAAAUUACCAACAAGCUGCGACUUAAGAAACUUGAAGAAGAAAAAUUGCAUGAUGCUGAUGUUGGUUGUGAAGGGAAAUCAGUACAUAUCUCUGAUGCAGAUAUAUACUUGGAGACUCGAAAGAGAGAUUCCAAACGCGAGUACAAAUUACCUAAGAAGGUGCUUGAAAAGGUCACCGAAAAAAUAGAUGAUGUUAAAAAGGCCUUGGCAACUGAAGGUGAGGAGGCUGCUAAUAAAUUGGUUUAUGGUGAAAAAGAACACAGCCCCUCCUACCUGAUUGGGAGGCUGAUUCAAAAAAAGGAACCAAAGUCUAAGGCAUCAGCAGCUCCAGCUCAACCUCCAGAUGAGUAUGUGAACCAACUAACUGCUAAAAUCAAGGCACAACUGCAGCAAGAGAUGGAGGAGAAAUUUGACAAGAAACUCCAAGACAUGAUGAAAUUAUUGGCUGAGAAGAAUCCAAGCUUAAACAUAAAUGUCAACACUGAAGACCCUCAAAAAUCGGAUGAAAUGCCAAAUGGAGAUGACAACAUCGUCACUCCUUGACUGAUCCCUAUGGCUAUUAGUUUUUAAUCUAUUUUGAAUUGCGAAUGUAGCUAGUAAUCCCUAUGCGUACUUAGCUUUAGUUUGUUGGUUGGUACUUUGUGUUGGUUGUGGAUUAGUUUAGACUUUAUUUUGGGUAUUCUCCUAGUACAUUAGGAUGGCUUUGCUUUGAACAACAUAAGUAUGUUAUUUUUGGAUGGUUUUAUGUAUUGGGAUGCUUGACAGGUUUUAAGGGAAAUCAUUAUUUUCAG